UGAGAUAGAGAAGGAAUUGAGUGGCGUGGAGAGAAGUAAGAAAUAAGUAUGGUUGCAGAAGUAAGAAAUAAGUAUGGUUGCAGACUAGAGGCGUGAGGAAGAAGAAGAAGAAAUUGGUGCGAAAGAGUUUGAAAUGAUGGAUGCCGCUUUUUCAACCACAAUGACAAUGAUGAAGGUGAAUUCACCGAGAAUUCGAUCGAUUGAUUCAUUAAUACCUGUCAGCAGCGGCGGCCGUUUACUUCAGAUUGUGCGCUGCACACCUUUCCGGCUAGUUCUUCCGCAGAUGGAAGCAGGAAUUGCGUGUGAACCUUGUAAAGGAACAGGUUGGCUUCUUUGUGAGUUCUGUGAAGGUAAGAAGACGAAUGUCAAAUCUGCAACCAAUCGAAUAUAUAGACGAUGCCCUACUUGCAGAGCUAUGGGAUAUGUUCUUUGCUCAAACUGCAAAGUUUUCAAAUGUGUUGCUUUUCCUAAUUAUGAAGAUGGGGAAGAAGUUGUCUUUUAAUGCUUUGCUUUGUUUUGCUCAUGUACUUUUAUCAUUCAAUUUAAUCAUACUCAUUUCUUUCUUCUCAUUAUCCAUGUUAUAUUAUAUUACAAAUUAUAGAACAAUUAAGAUUCUUAGUCAACUCGAAUUUGUGUC